AUGGGUCGAGAAGUCAGCAGUAAAAGCUGCCAUACCUGCAGAAAACGCCGCGUCAAAUGCGACACCAAGAAGCCCGUAUGCACUCAGUGCGAAAAGUCAAAAUAUGAAUGCCUUGGGUAUGAUCGCAUAUUGCGUAUCGAAUCCCAUGGAGUUGGCUUCGGCACACAGCCGGGUCGCCAGACUUUGAUAAAAAUAGGGCAAUCCAACUCUUACCCAGUCAACGCCCCAACUAGGACUCAUGAUACUUCUUCGCCUCGUGGUCGUACCAAGGGUCGCAAAGAUCGCAGCCAUCAGACGUUUGGCAACUGUACUCAUUCAGCCACGGAUUUGACAACAACUGCAGAGGCAAAAGACUCAAGGCUAGAGUUAUCACACUCCCAACCGAGUUUUCUUGUCCAACCCAAUUUAGAGCCGUUCACAGACAAUGUUACUUUCUCCUAUUUCUUCGACGCCUAUAGCUGGAUCAAUAUCCAUUCUAUUCUUCUCCAAGAUACUCCAAUGAGGCAAAUUCUCGCUCAGCAAAGCGACGAGCUCUGCUAUGAUAGCCUUCGUGCUCUAGCAUAUGGGAUCUUCGGUCGAGACCACCAAUUAGAUGGCUUGAGAAGAGCGGCUAGGCGCAUCUACGGCAAGGCCCUUCGGCAGUUGCAAUCGACACUAAUGACAGCAUCUAAACACGAAUUAGCCGCUCUUAUCAAGCCUAUAUCCAUCAUGGGAUCUUAUGCACUUGCCAAUGCUCUUGUUCAGAGAAAAGACACGCUUAUCAGCGAAGAAAAAUGGAAAUCGGUGCCGUGGGAACUGCAUCCCGAAAUGAAGACAAAUGCAAGCAAACUGGUUGACAUAAUAUCUGGCCUUCCAGGGAUUAUCCAGAAAACAGACGAUAUUCUCAACGAACGUUCCCAGAUAGCUGCAGGCUCAGAUGUAGUUCCAAAGGAAAUGCCUGACUCAGUACCUAGUCUGCAGCAGCAACUGGAGUCUAUGAACUUGGAUUUAGUCGCGUGGCGAUACCACUGGUCCCUAGACAAUAACCCCACCGCACAAGAUAUACUUGAAUGGGCGUUAUUCAGAAUCAGUGAUGAGUCAUAUAGGCCAGGCAUUCAUGGAGUCUUAGGAGCAGAUGUCUAUGGUCUCAAUUUGGGCACAGCUGAUGGCCUAGACGUUCCUUUUGAGUUGAACGACUGUACUCGCAAAGAGCCCGAAGCCAACAUCAAGACAUUUUCUUUGAUGCAGGAAGCCGCGCUUUAUUUAACGGGCCUAAUUUGGGUAGGCAGGCUUCGAAAGAAUCUUGCUGGUGCUGCUCGUGCUGCGGACGCCAUUGACUUUUAUAAUACGCCAUUUUUCUCUACAUGCCGCUGUUUUUAUGAUAGUGAGCCUGGAGGAUCAAGGCAUUGCCAGGUGUUUCCAGAGCCCAGCGAUAAUAUGGCAACAGCGGCAUCUUGGAAUAUUAACACGGCCAAAAUAGUCCAAUCGCCGAUUAGAUCGUCAAGUCACGACAGUAACAAUUAUUUUCUCGAUAGCUCUGGUUCAAACUUGCUACUUCCAGGAGAUGGUCGUUUUGCGGCACAACUCCGCAUCCUGAGUUGGUUGGUUCAACGCUUGCCGGAGUCACGACCUUAUAUCCUUGGCGUGUUGGCCGCCAUGGGAUUAAGCCACUGUAUUCAUGAUGUCCGUCCAUCGGAGGGGAAUGAGUAUAUUGCGGAGACUGUCCGUGAAACUAUGAAGAAGUCGAGAUAUGGAGAUGCAGCAAUCGUCCUGCUCAAGAGCUACCAGUAA